AUGAAAUUAUUCAUCAUCUUGCCGUUUCUCUUGUUAAUUAUUCAACUUGUCACUGGUCAAAGUGUCAUGACACAAUGUUAUAAUGGUUCUGCAACACAUUACACAGGAACUACUUUUAUGUGUGGUUACGAUCAAGUACCAACAGCACAAUGGAGAAAUACCAUUCCUGUUUAUAGAGGUUUCGCUCCGGACGAACCUUGGUUAAAGAUGACAGAUUUAUUACUCAGAGCAAGUUGUGGUGAAUGUUUCCAAGUAGUGGGACCAUACGGAACAAAUGCCAUUCUAAUGGUCAUUGAUUCAUGUCCAACUUCGUCCAACACUGAAUGGUGUAGUGGAAAAACUUCCAUUAAUGGAGAUCAUUCAAGUCAUUUCGAUUUACUUACAAAUGGUAAUAAUGGAGCUUGGGAAGCUAUUGCAAAUGGAUUUUCCAAUACUUUUAAUCCAAUUUAUAGAAAAGUCAGUUGUCCAAUUUCUGUCAAUCCUAGUACAAAUCAAGCUUAUCCAUUGAGAGGAUAUAUUGGAAAAGGUAGUAGUCAAAAUUGGAUGACCAUCUUUUUCUUUGAUUUUACAGUUGGAAUGAAAGAUACCAUUACAAUUACAGAAAGUGGUGGAACUGAGAGAAGUAUUACAAAAACUUCUUACAAUACUUUUGAAAUUCAAGCAAGUAGUGGAGCAUUUAAAAUGCCAAUGGUAUUGAAAAUUACAAGUAUUUAUGAUGAAGUGGUCACUAUGACGAUUAGUUCAACACCUGCUGAGGGAACUAUUGUGGAUGCAAGUGCAAAUUUCAAGAUUUUAACCAAAUUGUCAGGUUAUUCAUCUGGUUCCAUGUGUAUUUCAUUACCCAAUUUGGUAAUUUAUAGAGAAAAGUUGGAUCCUUAUCAAAAUACUCUCAAACCAACUACUGGUUCAGAUUGGAGACAAAUGGCUUUGUGGAGUGGUACCACAAAUUAUGUUUCUACUGCAGUUACUGGUCUAAAUUCACACAAAGCUGUUUGGGAAAUUUCUUUAAGUGGUUAUGGUGGAAUUAAUAUUGGAAGAGAUGUCAAAUUAUUGAAAUCUUAUUUUAAAUCCAUCAAUAUGUCCAUAAGAGCCUCUAGUUCUAUUGCUGCCUCGAGUAUUUAUUGGGUCAUCAAUGGAGACGAAACGAAUCCAAUGAAAUUACCAGCACUUUCCACUUCAUGGACACAAGUAAGCAUGCUCAUUGCCAAUAAUUCUGCAAUUCCAUCUGAAAUUACAAUGGUAGGAUUCAAGAAUGCAUUGAAUAGUCAAUUUACAAUUUAUGUAGAUACUAUGGAUUUGAUUUUACAAGAUGGAAUUAAUGCCUCAUCCAUUAUGGCUGCAUCGUCAAAUUAUAAGGUUUCUGAAGGUGCUAAUUGGCAAACAAGUGGAUUGUUAAUUGUUACCUUGAUCAUUUGUUUAAUUUCAACUAUUUUCAAUUAA